GAUCUGGAAAGGGUUAUUCCUUUUAACCACAUGCUCUUCAGAUAUUGUUGACAUUAAACCAGCCAACAUGGAGGAGCUAACAGAGGUGAUCACAGCAGCAGAGUUCCAUCCGCAUCAGUGUAAUACCUUUGUCUACAGCAGCAGCAAAGGAACCAUUCGUCUGUGUGACAUGAGGGUUUCAGCACUAUGUGACAAGCACUCCAAAUUGUUUGAGGAGCCAGAAGAUCCCAGUAAUCGCUCCUUCUUCUCUGAGAUCAUAUCCUCAAUCUCAGAUGUUAAGUUUAGCCACAAUGGACGCUACAUGAUGACCAGAGACUACUUGUCUGUGAAGAUUUGGGACCUGAACAUGGAGAACAGGCCAGUGGAGACCUAUCAGGUUCAUGAAUACCUGAGGAGCAAGCUGUGCUCGCUCUACGAGAAUGACUGCAUCUUUGACAAGUUUGAAUGCUGCUGGAAUGGCAAUGACAGUGUGGUGAUGACUGGCUCAUAUAACAACUUCUUCCGGAUGUUUGACCGUGGCCAUAGGCGGGAUGUAACCUUGGAGGCGUCCCGAGAAAACAGUAAGCCCAUGCAGGUCCUAAAGCCCCGCAAAGUGUGCGCAGGUGGCAAGCGCAAGAAGGAUGAAAUCAGCGUAGACAGUUUGGACUUCAACAAGAAGAUCCUUCAUACUGCCUGGCAUCAGGACAACAUCAUUGCAGUGGCGACGACCAACAACCUCUACAUAUUCCAGGAUAAAGUGAACUAACUACGGGGUGAGCCUUUGUGAGACCUGGCGUGGGUGAUGUCAUGUGUGUACCACCUGCAGCCUCACAGCCUCAUCCAGAGUGAUCUGUGGUAAUGCCGAUAACCAGCAUCCCUGUCCGUUGCUACUGGGUGACCAGACUUUGCCACUUUGUUCUAGAUGUGGACAGAGGAAGCCUCACUCUUGCCCAUCAUCAGCCUGUUUGUGGCAGAGUGACACCUGCCUUGUUGUUUAAGUGAUGUUGUGCCAAUUUUUUUCCUUUGACAUGUUUUUUUUUUCCCCCCUUUUUUUGCUAGCCCACCUGCCCUUUUCUUCCCCAGGGGUAACAUGGGUAAACCAGUUUAAUUUACUUAAAAUUCUGAAUACACUUAUUUUUAUACCCCCCCCCCCAAACGGCUCUGUGGUAGACAACAAAAAACACUUAUUUAGUAUGUCCCCUUAUUGUCCUGUGCCAUCGUAGUGUUUAUUUUUCUAAGAAAAAAUUGCCAGUCUUUUUUUUUGUGCAUACACCUUUUAUUAAUUCAUCCAUUAUACUGUCAUAGUAUUCUUUGAAUCUCUUUACAUGUCUCCUCUCUUUCAUUAAACCAUGCAUACUCAACAGUUUUCUUUACACACUAGACUGGACAGCAACACCUCAGCGGUCGCCUCCAGCAGUUUGAGAAGUACAGUUCACAGAUACAAAGCCCAGUCCAGUGAGGUGUCAUCCUGCUCUGUCACUGUGCUUUAGGCUCUGGCUGGCCAGACAGGUCUAGUCUCUAAAAGAUUUUUUUCUUCUGGAUUGGCUAUGUGUCUUGACAUCUGUGCAUUGGUUCCUCUUUCUCCUUUUGUUUUUGUGUUUC